AUGAACAGCGACAACAAAAAGAAAAAGACUCGCGCCAAGCCGCAAGGCUUUGCGGGAGCCGUCUUGCGGGACUUGCAAACCUCCCGAUUUCCCUACGCCGGCGACGUGCGUCCCGGUCAACAAACACCGCAAAAGGUGGUGCUAGACGAAAGCAUCGUCAAGCCGGAUUACUGGCAGACGGGGGCGCCGUCGCGGCCCUCGAAACUGGCCCUCCCGUGGAUGAUUGAAGUCAAGAGCCCGGAAGAAAUUGAAAAGAUGCGGGCCUCCGGGAAACUGGCGAGGGAGAUUUUGGAUCUGGCGGGCAGAGCCGUUCAACCGGGAGUGACCACGGACGAAAUCGAUCAGAUUGUGCACCAGGCUAUAUUAAAGGCUGGAGCCUACCCCUCACCACUGAAUUACCACGGAUUUCCGAAAUCGUGUUGCACCUCCGUCAACGAAGUCAUUUGCCAUGGAAUUCCCGACGACCGAAAGUUGAAAAAUGGUGAUGUCAUCAACUUGGAUAUUACCGUGUACUUGGACGGCUACCACGGCGACUGUAGUGAAAUGUUUGUGGCUGGCGAAGUGGAUGAAAGCGCCCAGAAACUACUACAAGCAACCUACGACUGUUGGAUCAAGGCGUGCAUGUUUGUCAAACCAGGAAACGAUUACAAAGACAUUGGUGGUAUCAUUGAAGAUCACGUGACACCAUUGGGUUUCUCAACCGUCCGUCAGUUCUGCGGACACGGCAUCGGCCAGAUCUUCCACACAAGCCCCAAUAUUUUACAUUACCGCAACAACGAACCCAACGGCCAAAUGGCAGCUGGGCACACCUUUACCAUUGAGCCGAUGAUUUGCGAAGGAUCCGCCAAGGCCCUAACUUGGCCCGAUGAAUGGACGGCUACAACGAUCGACGGCAAGCGUUCGGCGCAGUUUGAACACACGUUGCUCAUCACCAAAGACGGCGUGGAGGCUUUGACGGGCAAGAACGAAAAGUCUAUGCUGCAGCUUUGGGAACGCAAUUCGGAGGUACACAAGGGUAUCUGGCUGGGUACUUCCAAGGCAGCGGAAGCGAGACACAACGAAAUCAAUGCACGCUUGUUGGCGGCAUCGUAA